AUGUCGACUUACAGGCUCCCCGACAUCCCCUCCCUGCGCAAACAGCAGCUUCGGCUUGAGUUCACGAGCUUGAAAACAGCCCCUCCGCCUGGUGUUUAUGUGAACAUCUCACCAACAGACCCGACCUUCUGGUCUGGGGUGAUUUUUGUUCGGAAAGGACCCUAUGCAUCUGCCAUCCUCCGAUUCCAGCUCCGCUUUCCAUCGACAUAUCCAAAUCUCCCACCGCUAAUAACUUUCGCAACAGACAUAUUCCACCCCCUUCUCGUGCCCCUAACAACGUACACAUUUAGCACCAACUCGUCGGAUACAGAUACCGUCAGCGCAAAUGACGAAGAGCGUCUGCCUCCCGGUGGUUUUAGCCUGAGACAUGGAUUUCCACAUUGGUUUGGGAGAGCGAGGAGGAGUGCAGCAAGCUCGGCUGCGCCGUCGCGGAACGUCAGUGGUGGUGAUCUAAAUGAUAAUUGUACGGACCAAGCACCCGCCGGACAACAGGGCAGUGAGCGCACGGCAGAAUCAGUAUCAGAGGCACCCUUCAAGUGUUCAAGAACGCCAACGGGAGACUUACCUAAAGGAUUAAUUUCGUCGUCCUAUCCUCAUGCGCGUGUAUCUCCGGUGCCGGCGGGGUUGCCACAUUCCUGUAGUCCUGGAAUCGAUGUUCCAGUUUUGGAGUUGCUCAACUACAUUCGGUCAACAUUUGAUGAUGAAGCCGUGUUAGAUUCUAUCCCCCUGGAGGCAGCUGGAAAUCCUGGAGCUUGGCAUGCAUGGCGAGCUCAUCGGGGAUUGGGAACUAGGCAGGGGGAAGAUGGCUUGGAUGGACAGUUGCAAAAGGGCAGUCCGCAAACUCGUCGUCCUGGAGAAUGGAACUGGGAGGGUGUGUGGGAGAAGAGGGUUCAGACUGGGGUUGAAACCAGUUAUUUGGAAUCUGUCCUCUUUGGCAAUAAUACGCGAGGUGCAAGUGAUGACCUUGUUCGGUUUGUCAAACUUGAUAACGAUAUACUGGCCAAAACGAAGGAGCAGAUUAUUUCUACUCGAGGAGGGAGGAACCUCUUAAUGCAAGGGUUCGACAUGUUCAAAAUCACACGGAGCGAAGCAAAUCGGAACCUGAUCUUACUUGCCCUGGUCCUCGUGCCCAUUGUUCUGCUUUUCUCCAUUCUCGCAACGGCUCUGGUCUGCUCAGAGUACUGGAGUCUGCGUCGCGAACGACGGCGUUUGAUUCCUUCUGGAAAUAGCGGGCACACAAGGAGGAAUCGCUCUGACGCACCCUGUUUAGCAUCAUCAUCAGACUCGUCGUCUGCGUCGACAAAGAGAUCUGAGUCCAGCGACAGUGACGCAGACAUACAACAGUCAUGCCCAACGCGACUCUCCAGCCAUGCGCCAACCAAGGCAACACAACAAUCCCCACGACAGAGCCUUUGCGCAUUGAUAUUUGUUCCCCCUUUCGCGGUUCCUCGACGACACCCCUCGUAUGCCGUUCGUCGAACAUCCCAGUUCUCGAGAGUUCCUCAGUAUUCCACAUUACAAACCCCGAGGGACAGAACUCGUUCUUGUGAGCCACGCGACACCGAAAUGCAUACUCCACUCGAUACAUCUCCGCCGAAGCUUGAAGCAUUUGAUAGUUCUGAGAGCAGAAUGGAAGAGCGGGGGAACGAAAGACGACGUCUAGGGAGCAGUCACACGUUGCGAAAGGUUCCCUCAAAAGGAAUCUUUGCGCGUGUCGCUCAGGCACUCGAUUUCAACAAGCAACGUCAGCCAAGCCCGGGACCUGUACCUGGUUCCUUCACUACACCAGAUCUCCCAACUCGUGCUUAUACGGCACCAAGCCCUAUAAUUACCCAGAGUCAAUUGGGAGAAAGUAAUCGAUGCGAGUCCACAUUGGUAACUCCAGUGGUUUCCCCACAACAAUUCGGACGAACUCCACCAUUGACAAGGACUAAUUUAUGUAUCACAAAACACCGCAAUAAUGUCCAAACGCGGUUCCCCUGUCCCCUCCCAAUCACGAGUGCUAAUAUGCAUAUAACAAUGGAUGCCAUGAAAAUUUCUGCUCAUCAGGAUCUAUUUACUUGGGCUGCAGUAGACAUAUCAGCAAAAAUCGCUAAUUUGGACGGUGACAUUGAUGCUCAGAUUGGUUGCGAAGUUCCACUAGACAUUAUGAUACUUGUGGAUAACUCAGCAAGUAUGCCCCCUACUUUAUUAAACGGGGCAUGCAACACUGUGCUUCACAUAGCAUCUUCAAUGGACAUUCUGGUAGACCGACUGGCAAUUGGUUGUAUAUCUGCUGAUCCUGAACAGAAUCUGCAACUUCUGUCGUCACUAUCAAUAUGCAACCUCGACCUCAUUCGAAGACUACUUCGAUCCAUGCAGAUAUUUGAACUGCCUGGCGACCAGCUAAGUCGGGCCCGCACCACAAAAGCCCUCCAAGAGGCAUCAAAUCUGCUGCUGAGAUAUUCCAGUAGAGGAGCACUACGUCAUGUCUUUGUUGUUACUUCAAGUUCAAGCAUAUCAUUGCCUGAUAUGUCCACAAACGUAAGCAGUCGAAUACGGUUUCACACUGUAUCUCCAGAACCAGCGCUCGGAAUACGGGCUUCCACAACGAUGGUUGGAUGGCACCUCUCUGCUAGUUUCGAUGAUGAAGAGGAUGACGGUGGUGUGCAAGGUCUGAAAGAUAGCUUAAAACAGGUUAUGCGACACCUUCGUAUGGGCCUUGACCCUGGAGUCUUGUCAAACUUGUCGAUAAGGAUUGCUGGAGGCGAUGGUUGCUAUAUCCAAGCCAUUCUUGGACAGACGAAAUGCAAAACGUUGCGACCAGGCGAGAAGUGGACGAUCCUGGUCAAAAUAAAAGCUAUUUCUGAGGCAUUGGAAACCUCCUAUGAUCCUAAUGACGGUAACGAGAAUACAGCUGGACAUGGAGACCAUCCGGUGCAAAAUCGUGCCAAAAAUGAUGUUGAUCAAAUGAUUGAUCAACUCCAGGGACUUUUCAGGUCCUCCACCAUAGCUCUGACUGAGAGCCUUUUUACUGUGACCCUAGAGCACAACCAUUCAGCGCUCUCCAGCGCCGCAGUGAUUAAAUUGGAAAAUAAGUGUGAAAUUAACCGAUAUCUUCGUAGUAACUCUUUAUUCGGUGAGAAGGUGACAAGAGCUCUAAGGAAAGAUGUGCAAGAGUUAUACGACGAGGAAAGAACCAUUGAGGCUAUGAAUUUGACAAUUAAUUCAAUGCAUCUGAGUCAUCACCUCGAUGGUGAGGAUCGUACGGAAUCGGCCCAUGGUGAUGACAGUUUGGAAGGAUCAUCGUAUCCACCGGAUCCAAUGAUGUAUGUUAGCCCGCGGGUAGCACUGGGGAGUAUGAACCCGUUCCGAAAUUUGCUAAGAGGAUGUGACGAGAACUGCAUCCAUGCACUUCCUCCAGAUCAAAAUGCUCAUGGAGGCAUACCAUUCGUUUCUCGAUGUGGAUAG